AUGGCGUGGGACCACCUCGAUAUAGAUAAGCCACAUUUGGCAUACAUGAUCCUUGGCGGCUUCACAAGCUUGUUCAUGCUGUGCUCCCUCUUUGUGAAGGAGAAGAUGUACAUUGGCGAAGCAACCGUGGCGACAAUCUGCGGUGUUAUAUUCGGGCCCAAUGCGGCCAACCUAUUCAACCCCAUCUCGUGGGGGAACGUCGACAAGCUGACGCUAGAAUGCUCCCGCAUCGUCCUGGUCGUGCAAUGUUUCGCCGUCGGUGUCGAGCUGCCCAAGUCCUACAUGGAGAGGCAUUGGAGGUCGGUGGUCAUGCUUCUCAUCCCGGUCAUGACCAUCGGAUGGCUGGCCACCAGUCUCUUUAUCUGGUGGAUGGUUGAGCCCUUGAACUGGCUGGAGAGUCUCAUCUGCGCAGCCUGCGUUACCGCGACCGAUCCCGUCCUUGCCUCGUCCGUCGUCGGUAAGGGAAAAUUCGCAAAGCGUGUGCCGAAACAUUUACGAGAUAUCCUGUCCGCGGAGUCAGGAUGCAACGACGGCAUGGCCUUCCCUUUUAUCUACCUAUCUCUGUACAUCAUGGCAUACCGUCCGGAUGCCGGGAAGGUCGCCGAACACUGGAUAGUCACGACUAUUCUGUAUGAGUGUGUUUUUGGUGCCAUAUUUGGCUUCUGUAUUGGUUACGCUGGUCGCCACGCCAUCAGAUUUGCCGAGUCCAGAAAACUCAUCGACCGAGAGAGUUUUCUUGUCUUCUAUUUCGUUCUCGCCCUUUUCUGCGCUGGCGCCGGAAGUGCACUCGGCAUGGACGACCUUCUCAUCGGCUUCUCUGCCGGUAUCGGGUUCAGUAACGACGGCUGGUUUACGGAAAAGACUGAAGAGUCCCAUGUAUCCAACGUCAUCGAUCUGUUGCUCAAUCUGGCCUAUUUCGUCUAUUUCGGCUCCAUCAUCCCCUGGCAACAGUUUAACAUGCCAGAGUAUGGCAUGGUACCGUGGCGCUUGGUAGUCCUUGCACUGCUCGUCCUUUUCUUCCGCCGGAUUCCUGCCAUGUUGAUGCUGAAGCCAUUCAUUCCCGAUAUCAAGACAUGGCGAGAAGCAUUAUUUGCUGGCCAUUUCGGCCCCAUUGGUGUUGGAGCUAUCUUUGCCGCCAUUCUGGCACGAGCUGAGCUUGAGACGCACUCAACGCAGCCACUCGCAGAGAUCCCAGGGCCUGGUGGGAAGGACCAUAUCAUUAUUUAUGUUAUCUGGCCAAUCACCACCUUCUUGGUCAUCACCUCUAUUAUCGUCCAUGGUUCUUCCAUCGCCGUCUUCACGCUGGGCAAGCAUAUAAAUACAUUGACUCUCACAAUGUCUUACACUGUAGCCACCGAAGACGGACCAUCUUGGAUGAACCGUCUCCCCAGAAUUCAGUCUACGGCGAAAUCUUCGCUAUCUCGAAAGGACUCCUGGGACUCGCCAGCGGAGAAGCCAGAAUUCCCUCCUGGAACCCUUGGCCCUAUCGGGUUACCUGGUAACCUUCUAAGGCGACAAAAGGAAGACGAGUACACAAGUCUACCAAACAGUCGCACAUCAAGUUUGAGGCGUAGCCGACGCCGUAAACAAGGCGCUGGUGGACCGAUCAGUCAGUCGGCCAUCACUCCCCAGCGAAGGCCGGGCGCAGAUACCCCGAUCAGCAAGCCACACACGCCGGAAGGCGAUACAGCUGACGACGCCAAGGGACGCCGACAGUUCUCAGAAGGAGGGGAGACCUGUGUUGGAGAUGCCGAAGUUUACCGGGAAGGUAAAAAUAUCAUCAUCGAGGAUCAAGAAGGCAAUGUUCUUAAAUCCGAUAGAGUGGCAGGUGGAUCAUCAGGACAUCAUGGCGCUGCCGAUGAGAACGAAGGCGGAGCACUCGGGAACUUUAAGAAGCAAUUCUUUGCUUGGACUGGCCUCAGCCAGAAACCGAAACCUGAAGCCGAGCCUAAUCGCGCACGCCGCUCUGCCCGUGCAUACCAGUUUGCAAACACCAUUAUUAUUGAGGAUGAAGACGGAGAGGUUAUUAAGAAAUACACCAUUCCUUCCAACGUCCAGAAGGCCGAAGGUGAAGAUGAUCGCCCUAAACUGCUGCGCCGUCUGACCAAACUUGGAACCUGGGCUGAGGUAGGAGAGGGACCUUCUUCUUCAAAAGCAGAGCAGGAGGAGGAAGAAGAAGAUGUAGGUAUUCGAUUUACGAUACCUGCUACUGAAGACACACGACACGACUUGAGAGGCCGCAGAAUGAGUAAACAAGAUUUCAUCCAUCAAAUGCAACAUCUUGGACCAAAGGGUCGAAAAGAUGCUGCCGAAUCUUCGAAAUUUGGCCACAUGUUCCGACGUGAGGGUAACCGAGUACAUUUUGCUCCUCAGGGAGGCGAUGCCAGUGUUCCAACACCCCAUGAUAUAUCAGCGAUGUUAUCCAAGUAUACUGGUCCCUCUGCUGCCGAUAGACGACGUCGCAGCUCGCUGUCAGUUCAGGAAUCAACUUCAUCUUCAAUCAGUGGUCACGAUUCCGAAGACGAUGGUACAGAACGCAUUCCCCCCGCCUAUCGUCGAGCAGUCGCCACUGGACAACAGCUACUCAGCCCAAGAUUACCAGCAGGACUCCCUUCCGCCAGGAGUAGCAAGCGUAUCUCUCAACUUGACGAGGCCGAAACACCCGCAGAACGAAAGCGCCGUCUAGCAGCUCUCAGCACAUCCAUGGGCUCCUCGUCGCUCCAUGAAGACGACAGUGAAGACGAUGGCGAACCCCGCGUAGUCAAGGGCAAAGUGCAGUUCGCCGAUGGAACUAAGCCAGCGAAGAAAAAGACCCCUACUGAACAGGGCGCACUUGCUUCCAGCAGUGCGGCUCCUGUGCCCGUACCCGUACCCGAUUUACCUGCUGCCCCUCCUGCAGCGUUAACAACGUCGUAUAACCCUGAGGGUAAUACGCCGUCUGAUAACGGUAGCAGUAUGCCAGGCUCUGCGAGCCGAAGCAUCAACGAAGCGAGCGGGAAUGGAAACAACAGAAACGACAGUGUUGCUCGCAGUGGUUCCAAGAUAUCUUGGGGAGGCGAAAUCGGUCGCUGA